AUUAAGAGCUUGUCCCUCGCUUACCCAGGCUAUCUCCUUCCCUGACCUCCAUUUUUUCCAAAACAGCUACACAGAGAUCCAAACAGAGCCAAUCGUUAUCGAUACACCAAAAAUUAACUGAACUACCACAGAUCCUGUCUUCACCUUCAUUCCGUCCUCACCCAUGUCGGAAAAGCUAGAGUCGGGACCACUUGGGUUUUGUGGGUUUCCAGUUUUAGACAACCCAAAAGCACGCUCGUCCCUUACUCUACCUGCAGGAAAACCAGAAGCUGUAGGAAAGGAGGCUGAGAAUGAAGCUGAGCAAGUGUUCUUACCAAGAGAACCCAGAUUGGGUUCCGAAGGAGAACCCAGAUUCCCACCUUCUUCCCUUUUUUUUUUUAAAUCCUCCAUCCCUAAGUUACUUCAAUUUUUCUUCUCUUCGAUCCCUGAGUUUGGAUCUUGGAUCAUCCUGCUCUGCCUUCUAGAAUCUGCAGGUGGGUAUUUUCUUAGCUUCUUCCAGAAGAGAGGCUCUGACUGUAACUGUACUACUUGAUGUUCUAAGAGAGGAAGUGGGGUAGGUUUGAUUAAGGAAGAUGACAGUCAGAACUCCUGGAACUCCAGCUACAAAGAUAGAUAGGAUGCCUGUAUCGACCCCGGGAGGGCCAAAAGCUAAGGAAGAGAAGAUUGUUGUUACUGUUAGAUUAAGGCCUCUAAGUAAAAGGGAGCAGCUUGCCAAAGAUCAAGUGGCAUGGGAAUGUGUGGAUGAUCACAUGAUUGUGUAUAAAACCCCACCCCAUGACCGUUCAGCUCAGCGGCCUACAUUAUUUCAACCUCUUGUGUUUAUUAUUGAUUUAUAGCUGUGUGGUCUUGAUGUUGUUUGGUUGUUUUUUAUUUCUCAGAUAAAGUUUUUGGUCCGGUCUGUUUAACUGAAACUGUGUAUGAGGAAGGAGUGAAGAAUGUUGCUUUGUUAGCUUUGAUGGGCAUAAAUGCAACCAUAUUUGCAUAUGGGCAAACUAGCAGUGGGAAGACAUACACAAUGAGAGGAGAGACAGACAAAGCUGUUAAUGACAUCUACAAUCAUAUAAUGAAUGUAAGCUACAAUUCAAUAAAUAUGAUUGUAAUUUCUGCAUAGUAAUGAGGGUUUGCAGAGUGCAGUCAACCCUUUAGCUGUGGAAUCUCCCAAAACCUUUCUUUUCCUUUCUGGAGCGACACUCGACCUCAGUACUGUGGACACGAGCGUUUCAAACUCAAAUGCAAUGGAGAUGGUUCGCACCCUGUUAUAGUCAUCAAUGAGCGUGAGUUUCAAAUCCUUAGAAUCAAUCAAUCAACCCAACCCCAGAUGAAGACCCUUUCUCGGAUGGACUCCGGCAAAGAUUCCUAUCCUACGGCCUUGAAUUGCUAUCUCUUUAGGGCUGCUAAAACAGUUGUGAAUGUGACUCUGCUUCGCUACUGCCCUGAGUCUGACCCUUCAUGGGAAAGGAUAGAAGCUUCUCAUAAAAUUCAGUGCACUGUUGAUGGUGAACCGAUCUACUUAUUAGUCUUGAGGGAUAACGAGACCCAUCUUGGGACUCCUAGUUAUGUUGAUCCUGAAUAUCAUGAAUGCUACCAGCUUACAGACAAGAGUGAUGUCUUUAGCUUUGGGGUUGUCUUGAUUGGGCUAAUAUCAUCCAAGCCAGCGGUUGACAUCACCAGGCACCACCAAGAGAUAAACUUGUCUAACAUGGCCAUCAACAAGAUUCAAAACCAAGCAUUGCACGAGCUUGUAGAUCCAUCUCCUGGGUUUGAAUCAGACUACAACAUAAGAACAAUGAUAACUUUAGUGACAACAGUGGCAUUUCAGUGCCUUCAAGGUGGGAAAGACAUGAGACCAAUGAUGAGAGAGGUCCAUGAGGCUUUAAAGGAAGUACAGAGUGGAAACUACAAUAAAGUGGAGGUAGGUGAUUAGAUGCACGUUUCAGCAAUUAAGGAUGUGUUGUUGAAGAGUGGACCUCAGACUCUCUCCCCGGAUUUUGUUACUGCAAAAUGGGUUAGCAACUCUUCAACAUCUAAUGCCAGUAUUUGAGUUUUUUCAGCUUCUUAUUUUGCAAGAAUUUGAAGGCAUAUAAUGAAUACUGUGUACAACUUGUAACAACACCAUAUAUUCAACAAAAGUUGGUGUCUGUAAAUUUCAUCCCAGACUAGACCUUAUAAUCCAAAUUGGAAUGUACAUACGGUUUAGGAGAUACCAAGCUCUACCUGGUAUAUAAAGCUCAUUUACCUGA